GAAAUUGCACUCAGUAACCACAAAAAAAAACAAAAUUCACUACCUAACUAAAAACACCCCCUCUCUCCUACUUUCUCUUCCUAUCUCUCUCUACUCUCUUUCUCAAAAUCUAAUUUCUCUUUUUUUUUUGGCUAUUUAGCAAAUAAGCCCAAACGUUUAUGUGAUUAAUAUUAUUUUUACAAAUUGUCUGUUCAGAGAACAAAGCCUUUGGUGUUUAUGCGAAGCUGAUAUCAAAGGAGUUUCUAGUGCCGUGUGAACCAAAUCUAAGGACUAAGACCAUCUUUAUCGCUAGGUCCUAAGUGAGUUUUUAAGCAAAAUAGUCCAUUUAAUUAAAUCAAAACAAAAUAAAAAUGGGCUUACCGAUCCUUAACUAAGGUUUUCUGGGAUCGGUUUUGAAGUGUGUUUUUCCACCACGUGUCAGCAAAAGAAGGCACAAGAUUUUUUUUUUCUUUUUUUCUUUUCUUUUCUCUUUUGUUUCAUCGUCUUCUCCGUCGAAACUUCUCAAAUCUUCCCAGACUGAAGACGAGUAAGUUGGCUGGAGCUAGCUCUUUCAAGACGUUGAAGGAGAUCGAGAUCUCGUGGAUGUUUUGUUGUGGGGUUAUGGUGAAGGUCGCGUAGUGGACGAUGGCUUGGAGCUGGAUCGGUGUCGCUGAGUAAUCAGCCGCUGCGGCCACCGAUCGGCUUUUGGCGCUUGCGGUGGAGCAGAUGAAGAAUGCGUCGUCGGCUUCACCAAUUCUUAAAGAGAAAUUGAAGCUUAAAGCAGCAAGUGAAUACAAUUAUUUGAACCAGAGCAACUGCUUAACAAUUGAUCGCAUUGAUGAUUCUCAGAAAUUUCACAAAUUGAUGGAAGCUUUCAACACUGUUCAGAUUCCUCAAGAAUAUCAAGAACGUGCAUUAGCACUGCUUGCAGCUGUAUUAUGGCUAGGGAAUGUAUCUUUUGAAGUCAUUGACAAUGAAAACCAUGUGGACGUGGUAGCAGAUGAAGUUGUCACUAACGUAGCUAUGUUAAUGGGAUGCGACUCAAAAGAGCUUAUGGUGGUUUUGUCUACAUGCAAGUUCCAAGCUGGUAGAGAUUGCAUUGUUAAAAGACUGACACUGCCACAGGCGACUGAUAUGAAGGAUUCCCUAGCAAAAAUCAUCUAUGCUAGCCUCUUCAACUGGCUUGUUGAGCAAAUAAACACUUCACUUGAAGUUGGUAAAUUAAGGACACGAAGAUCUAUUAGUAUCCUUGACAUAUAUGGUUUGUGAGCCAUUGCCCUUUAAUGUGUUUUUCUUUCUCCAAUUCUAUCUUUAAUUUUUUUUUUUUUUUAAGAAACCUCUUAUUAAGAAACUCCCAUUGGAGCAAGAAAAUUAGGUGAUUCUUAACUAAAUUCCUUAACUAAAAUUUAAUACUUAAAUAAUCAUUAAGAAACUUAAUGGGUUUCUAGGGAUAAUCAUGCUCUUAAGAUGUUGAUUCUGUGAAUAUACAUAUGCAUGAAGAGCUACAGAAAGCAGACGUUUAUGAAGCAUUUGAAGAUGAGCAUUUGAAGAUGAUAUGAUGAACUUUACAAUCUGAUAUUACAUUAAAAAAAAAACUUCAGAAAACUGAAAAAUCCAAGCUCUUGAAAACAAUGGACAGAAUCACAACUUGUAAUCGAGGCCAGCUCGUCGAUGGAGAUGGAACUAUGAUUAGUUUGGUCCGUCGAAGACCGUCGUAACCCUAUUAACAAACCCCCCCAAAAUAACGUUCACAAAACUACCUUUUUUACUUUUUCCCAAAUUG